UGUGGCAUGAAGUCGUUACCUGUAAACUAUAUUAGUAGUAAUAGAAGUUGUGAUCUGGAUCGAGCUGUGAAGCUCGUUAAACAUAGAAUGGCAGCCAGCAGUUUCGGACGUGUAAAGUGUCAUCGGAACAAACUAAUAAUUUAUAUCAUUGUAUCCUUGAUUAUUGUUGAACUAAUAGUUUUCCUUGGACUCUAUUCCAAACACGAUAUAAGGACAAUUUUUAGAUGCAGAAGCCAAAAAAUAUCUGAAAUAAAACGGUCACUUUUAGUUGUAAAAGUGCCAAGGAAUUGUACGGGUAUUAAGAUACCGACACACGAGAAGAAAAACACAACAGUAAAAACAGCAGUAAACGAUACGCUACCAAAGUGUCAAAGUA